AUGGCGCCGGGAUUGCUUUCCUCUUGCUGUGCCGGUGGCGGCAUUGGCAGCAGCGCGGUGAAGAGCCUGGUCCUUCCGAAGGCCGUGUGCUCUUCGGUAAGGUGCCAUGGAGGAGAUGGAGGUCGAUUUUCCAGUGGCCGCCACAGCACGCGUUCCUUCAUCCAUCGCGUAGACGGCAGAUUUUGUCCCUCCAGUGCCCUAAUGAUGGGGGAAUUUCCCGGAAGAGGAGGAGGCACUAGGAUCAUUGUCAAGCCCUGCAAUGCUCAGCGGAAGGAUGAUGCCCCGGGGAGGGGGAUUGUGGAACAGGAGGGGGAUACAUUGAAGAUUACUAUAUUACAGCAGGCUGGCUUGUGGACUGCGGAGGCGGCGUAUAUUUUGUGGCUCUUUCUCCUCCCUUAUGCGCCGGUAGAUAGCCUGCUCGAGGAACGGAAGUAGGUGGUCAGAGAUCUCCCUGAAUUUUUUAGACUUACUUUGCUCUGAUGUUUCAGGGGGAUCCAGCGUGGGCGAUCUCACCGGCGACAGUGAGUGACCUUGUUGGCCUCUCUCUGAAUUUCUUCUUCAUCCUGCCGAUCAUGAAUUCUGGUAUGUUUGACCUAUUCGUUACUGAACUUUUUCUACAUUCUUGAAGUAUUCUCCUGGUAAUUAAUUCAAAUGACGCCUAGGUUUUGAUGAUUUACUUUCCUUUGAUUUAUUUACUGUAUUGAGGGGAAAUCAGGAUCGAGAGAGAGUUCAGGAUCGAUCUGACCUAAUCGAGCACUAGGCUCCCUGGGAUCCCCCAUCCUAGCCCUUAUCCCUGUGAUCAUCUCGAUCCAUGAUGGAUUCGUCCAAGUGAUCAACCUAAUGCCUUCAUUUCAGGAUACAUCCUCUGCAUAUUAUCAUCUGGAUUAUACAUUAUAAUAAAUAAUUGCAAUAAAUCCAUGAUUCAGAUACUGAGGAAAUACGUUAUUACCUAGGGAUUCAAUCCUUCAGCAAGAGGGUUGAGAAUAUCCCUUAAACCCUCGUUCCAAUCUAAACCAUCGUUUUAGGCCAGUAGGACGCUCUAUGAAUAUGACCAUCAUAACAUUUUGAAGCCCAUCAUCCUCCCGCAAACUGCUUACCGCAUCGAAGUCAACGCAGCUCAUCGUUAUGAGUUGCUGAGGAAGCUCAGUCAUUUAUCGCAGACUAAUUGGUGUCUCCGAUUUCUUGGCAGUGUAGCCGGCAUUCAUGUUCUCGAAGCACCAGUUCUUCAUCCUGUAAGGAUCAUCCUGAAACACUCAAAUAUCUCAUUUAUUUCCCCAAAAAUCACAUACUCCGGCAAAAAUACGCAGAUACUUCUUAACACUUAGAAUCUGAUUCAUCUCUUCAUUUUCUCCAGAUAGCUGAAGGAUUAUUCAAUUUUGUAAUCGGGUGGACGUUCAUGUUCGCUCCAUUGCUAUUCAGCGACUGCCGGAGGGACAGAUUCAAGGGCUCUCUAGACAUAUUGUGGGGAUUUCAGAUGUUUCUUACGAACAGUAAGUUGGAAAAUUUUCCCAUUUCUGGCCCACAUUCCCCAUUUCGGCAAAAUCUUCAGGGGCAUGAUCUUGAUUCAAACCUGCAGCUUUUCUAAUACCCUACAUGGCGAUCCGACUCAAUGCCGCCAAUGAGGUUGACUCUCCCAAGGAACCGUACAAGCUGGUCUCAUCGAUGACUAGAGCCGCCACAGCGGUGGCCAUAGUUGGCGGGGCAGUGUGCCUGCUCUCCCCACUGUGGGCCAUAUUUGGCCGGCCAGACGUUGACUUUGGGGGUUUGUCAGACCGGUUGGAGUUCUUGGGGAGGUACCUUGGUUCGGAGAGGCUUGCCUAUGCCUUCAUAUGGGAUAUUAUCCUCUAUUCCAUCUUCCAGCCAUGGCUGAUCGGCGACAACCUGGAGAAUCUGAAGGAGAGCUCCGUGGGAUCUGUGAGGAUUCUCAGGUUUGUUCCUGUUCUGGGUUUGAUUGCUUAUCUUCUCAGCUUGAGGGAUGAUAAAGAGUUCUAG